AUGGCAAACAGAUCAAGGCCUCAGAAGACAAGGGUGCCAUACAGAAAGUAUGUUGCUGGCGAGGGGUUCUCCAAAGUAGGCUUUACGAGACAAGACAGAGCCCAUAAUAAGGAGGAUGUUGUUGCGGUGGAUAAUGCCGCCAACGACCAGCAGGAGCUCCCCAGAUCCUCGUUGAAUCCGAACUCCAUGAUGACACUUCCCUGGGAGUUGCAGAAACUCAUUAUAAAAUACUCAGAGAGGCCGGCGCUAAAUUAUCUAUUGGUAUGUUCGCGAUGGUACUGGUUAACCGUGCCCUUGAUAUACCGUAGUCCGAAGUUGACUAGCAAAAACUUCAGCAACUUUGUUACCGCGGUGAUUGCCGAUCGGAAGAAGAAGAUGGGAUCUUACGUUUGUGAACUGGACCUUUCGACGAUUAUGCAAAGUGGCAAGAACUCAUACGUGUCAAAACUUUUGCGACGGUGUUCCCCGCACUUGGAAAAGUUCACCGCGCCGCAGACAAGUUUUGGGUACGCGCCGUUAAUAUCGUUGAAGGCAUGCUGCGAGUUAAAAUAUCUGGAUCUAGGAUUAGUCUCCGAAACCGUUAAACUGAAAGAGCUGUUCCAAGCGAUCAAGAACUUUACUAAGCUAACUCACCUGUCGUUCCCACGGAGCUCCAUAGAUUGCAAGGGAUGCGAGGGGUUUGUUUGGCCCUCUAAUUUACAGUACUUGAAAUUGAGCGGUGGGAUAACAAACGAAUUUAUUAGAGACACUACAUGGCCGGCCACAAUAAAAACGCUGGAGUUUUCGUACUGUCCACAGAUCGACGAGAACUCACUAUACGUUCUUUUGAUGAGGAUUGGCAACAAUCUCAGACAUUUGUACUUCCACUACCCGAUGCCUUCCCUUAGAGACAAUUCACUGGAUUAUGUUUUCCGUUACUGCACAAACCUCAUCUCCAUACAGUUAACGGUAGACUACGUUACGAAGUGGGCGUUCUCGGAGUACAUGCUCGUAGAAAUAGAAGGCUUUGAAAGACCAUUGAAAACCAUAUACCUGGUAUCAAGCGGCGCGCUCGGGAUGAGCGCAAAGAUCCACCCAGACGAUUUCACCAUAGCCAUUAUGGAACAAAGGUUACCACAUCUGCAGAAUCUGAGCGUCUCCUCCAAGCUCGGUUGGGACAUGAAGAGCAGCGACGUGGAGGACCUAGUCACGGCAAUCGACGACCAAGAUGGCGGCCUUUACUUGAGCCACUGA